CUCUUGAUGGCGAGAAAGAGGUUAUGGCCAACAAGUCCUCGACAUGGCCAAACAGGCUCUCGUUUCUGGGGAUCUCGGAGUACAGAAAGUUUAAGUGCUUCCUCGACGGACUCGAUAUUCCUAAAGGGCCAAACUUCCACCCGUGAGGCAUUUCCCUUACGGUCGCGUGGCCUCAUUGGUGUGAAUAUAUACUUUGUAUCGGUAUUACCAAUUGACAUCAUCCACAAGAGUCCGACUAUAGGAGAAACAUGGGCCACACGAUGCUAAACAAUGGAUCAGUCGGGAAGGAAAAUGCGAGAUGGGUUGGAUUCCUUGUUGUGCUUAACAUAAUGGAGCGAUAUUUUGAUUUGGCUGUUGCCAGCCACCGUCAGAGGAAGACGAUUCCGAAGUAUAUUUACCUAUGAGAGAACCCGAAGGCGAGUUACCAGACAAAUGACAUUCCAAGGUCGUGGCAGAUGGAUAUUCGUUCCCAC